CAUUUCGAAACGUACAAAAAGAAAUUCGUCUGCUCUGGGGGGAGAAGGAGGAGGACAAUAGAGAAUUGUGUUAAGGAGGGUGCAACCUAGCACUUGUAGAGUGGAGGUUUUCCCUUUUUUCUUUCAUUUCUCCCACUCAUGCUCAUAAAGAGUCGUUUGUUUUUGUCUAUAAAUUGACUUUUCAUCCAUUUGCUUUCAUUUCGUUUCCUUCUUUUCGCCCCCGCCCUUCCUUUAAGCUUCUUUUCGUCCAUCCCACCCGAUUAUCCACGCAAUGAAGUUGAACAGUCUGACCCCAUUUCUUACGACCUUGUUUGUUUUGAUCGCUACUGUCGUGGGCCAAGCAGCCACCGGUGCCAAUGCGCCUUUCUAUCUCACCCAUCCCAUUCAAGGGAGUUCCUUGGCAGCUGGAGAAUCAGUCACUAUCACUUGGAUCAAUGGUUUAGAUACAAAAGCAACGGUGACUGUCAUCACGGGUACUUCUGCUACGACGAUGCUCCCCACGGAUUACACUUUUACUAUUGAAGGAUCUGACGGUGAAUAUGAAUGGAAGGUCCCUGCUGAUCUUCCACAAAAGGCUACCUUUGCCUUUAAGAUUGACUAUACAAAAGACGGUGUUGCUGGUACUACUUAUUCGAGCGCCUUUACUGUCACUGGAAGCACGGGAGAGGUCGUCACUAAACCGUUUGAUUCUGCCCUCCCUUCAGCUACGACAGCUUCUGCUACGACAGCUUCUGCUACUACGACAGCUUCAGCUACGAUGCCUCCCACAGCGGUCCUUCCCGUACCUACGACGGCUGCUGCUGCUACUACUCUUCUUUCCUCUUCUGCAUCUACACCUCUUCCUUCCGCGGUAUCGGUGGCGAGCAGCAUCAGUCAGAAUACCCCUCGUGGUACAGUGUCUGCUUCUACCACGCCUAUUCCCACUCUCAGUGCAGGUAGUCGCACCACCUCCAUGACAGACUUCUUUGUGUGUGCCAUGAUGAUGGUGAUGGUGUCUGCUUUCAUUUAGAUAAUUCUUUUUUAUUUUUUAAAACCUCUUGUUCAACCCCAACACAAAAGAGAUGUAGGGUCUUCAUCCUACGAAUGACA